CCAAAACCCAGGCCAAACAAUCCCAUUGCUCACCAGAAAACAAUUCACUGAGAGAAGAGAAAAUGGAGACCAGCGCAGUGUUAACAGCCCUUCAGCCAACCAAUUACGUUUUACGUAACACUUCUAAUCUCCACCUUCCCCCUUCCUCCGCUCCUCAGAUGCAGCAACAUUUCCUUUCUCCCGUUUCUCUCAAACCUCUCAAGCCAAUUUCUUUCUCCUCUUGCAAUGUUAAUCAACCCCCUUCUCCUUUCUCUCCUUGUGCUGUUUUAUCUCAUACUUUCAGCGACCAAAAGGCUGAUUUGGCGGACAUAGACUGGGACAACCUUGGAUUCGCGUUUCUUCCUACUGAUUAUAUGUAUGUGAUGAAAUGUUCGCGGGAUGGAAACUUUAAUGAAGGUGAAUUACAGCGUUUCGGCAAUAUUGAGUUGACCCCGUCAGCUGGUGUUUUGAAUUAUGGUCAGGGAUUAUUAGAAGGUCUGAAAGCCUACAGGAAAGAAGAUGGUAGUAUACUCUUAUUCCGACCAGAGGAAAAUGCACAACGGAUGAGGAUGGGUGCAGAAAGGAUGUGCAUGCCAUCACCAUCAAUUGAACAGUUUGUGGAAGCUGUCAAGGCUACUGUUUUGGCAAACAAACAUUGGAUUCCCCCUUCUGGUAAAGGUUCUUUAUAUAUCAGACCUUUGCUAAUGGGAACUGGGGCUGUUCUUGGUCUUGCACCUGCUCCCGAGUACACUUUUCUGAUCUAUGUAUCACCUGUUGGGAAUUAUUUCAAGGAAGGCAUAGCACCAAUAAAUUUGAUUGUUGAGCAUGAAUUACAUCGUGCAACUCCUGGGGGCACUGGAGGCAUAAAAACUAUUGGAAACUAUGCUGCGCUAGGCUGGUAUGACCAUUGCUUACUGAGCUUCAGGGCAGUGGGGUACUGUACUCAAGCUGUUGGAGACACAGGCUUGUUUGAGGCAUUAGUCUGUUUGGCUAGAGAUGAAAUUAUCUCCACACCUGCAAUCAAGGGGACGAUCCUACCUGGCAUCACAAGAAAGAGUAUAAUUGAUGUUGCUCGUAGCCAAGGGUUUCAGGUCGAAGAACGCCUUGUGACAGUUGAUGAACUGCUUGAUGCUGAUGAAGUAUUUUGCACAGGAACGGCUGUGGUUGUAUCACCUGUGGGUAGCAUCACUUAUCGUGGUAAAAGGUUCGCAUAUGGAGAGGGCGUUGGUUUUGGAGUUGUCUCGCAACAACUAUAUUCCGUGCUUACCCAACUACAGAUGGGUCUUAUAGAGGACAAGAUGAGUUGGACCCUCCAGCUGAACUUGUCACACUGGUACAAAUUCUUGCUUGCAUUUUGAAUUUGGUAUUGCAGUUGCAGAUAAAAGAAUCUCUUUAGUAUACAGUGGGAAUUAGAAAUUUCUUUAGUUUGAUUUCUUGUCAAGUGAUGCCCAGAUAAAAUAUAUAU